AUGGCAAGUGGCAGUCCAGCAGCCAAGAGAAUAGUAGUAUACCGGAAUGGGGACCCCUUCUCCCCAGGCUCCAGGCUAGUGGUGACUCAACGCCGCUUUCCUACCAUGGAAGCCUUCCUCUGCGAGGUGACAUCAGCCGUGCAGGCCCCACUGGCUGUGCGUGCCCUCUACACACCUUGUCAUGGCCACCCUGUCACUGAUCUGGCAGACUUGCAGAACGGAGGGCAGUAUGUGGCUGCUGGCUUCGAACGAUUCCACAAGCUCCACUAUUCACCCCCUGGAGGGAAGGACCCAGGUGGGAAGAGCAGCAGACUACAAGGUCCUCCCAUGACUCGCCACCCUUGUGAUGGGGUCCUUGGACAGUGGCUGCCUGGAGGCACCUUCUGCUAUAUCCAUGUGUUCAGGAAUGGGGACCUGUUAAGCCCCCCAUUUGGUCUGAAGCUGUCCCGGGUUGCCAGCCAGGACUGGGAAACCAUGCUGAAGCUCCUGACUGAGAAGGCCAAGUUGCACGGCGGGGCUGUGCGCAAACUCUGCACCCUGGAGGGGAUCCCACUGGCAGCAGGGGAGGCUCUGGAGAAUGGCCAUUACUAUGUGGCUGUCGGAGAAGAUGAGUUCAAGCCCCUUCCCUAUCUGGAGCUGCUGGUGCCCAACCCUUCCUUGCCCAGGGGCUGCUGGUAUCCUCCAGGACCGAUAUCUGGGCCCCACGGGCAGGGGGCUGGUGGACACAGAGCACAGGCAACCCAGCCCUCUCCUAAGGAAUCAGGCCGAAUCGAGCCAUCUGUUUCCUGUGUUCUCUCAUUUCCAUCAGGAAUCAAGGGAGUGUAUGGGGCUCCCCGCCCAAGGAGGGAGACAGCAGGAGCCCAGGAAGUAGCAGAUGAUACAGAGCCCCAGACAGAGGAGCCCUUGGGUCUGAGGGCAGCACAGACAGUGGAGGAGGCCCUGUCCCUGGAAAACCAGCCUGCUGGGGCUGCUAUCUCAGCCUCAGCUCCACCAUCUUGA